CACAUACUCGCUUUUUCCGUCUUCAAUAUUUCGCAUUUCGGCAAUGAUGGGACCCUUCAACCUCUGCAUACACACGCCAUAUCCUCCCCACCAUUAAAACCGCUUCACACUCUCGUUUCCUUUCCCAAACCAACAAAAUAUCUCUCUUUCAUUUUUUUUUUCCUCUCUUCCAUGGCCGAGAACUUGGACGACGGCGAGUUCUGGCUGCCGUCGCAGUUUCUUGCUGACGACGACGCCACCCUGGCACCCUUUGACGCAAAGUGUCAGGCUUUGAACCCAAAGAAUGGCGACGACGCCGUUUUGUUCCCUUCCGAGUUCCCAUAUGGCUUUUUCCCUUCUUCUGAAAUCCCUUCUCCCGUUGAUUCCCUCGUUGGUGGCUCCAGUGAGACCGAGAGCGACGACGAUGACCAACUCGUAGCUGAGUUGACUCGCCGAAUGGCUCGUUCGUCUCUUCAAGUUCAUGUCAAGUCCCCUGACAACGCUCUGGGUCGGUUUGUGUCUGGUUCUCCACAAUCCACACUUUGCAGUAUUGGAAGUGGUUGUGGGUGUGGGAAAGGGUCGAGCCAGGGAAGCCCCAACGGUGUUUGCAAUUUUUCUUCUGCGAGGGCUACUUGGGAUCUGCUGCAUGCGGCUGCAGGGGAAGUGGAGAGGAUGCGGUUGAGCCAAGAAGGUUAUGUUUUCAACCAUCACAAUCACAAUGGAGGACUCUUUGUUCCUCAAAGGAAACCCUCUCCUGUCACUCCUCUACCCUCUAAGAGCUCCGAUGUGGGACUCUUCACCCAACACUCACUUUCUCACCACCAAUUGCAGAUAGCACAGUUUCAGAUGCUGAGGCAGCAACAAAUGACAAAGCAACAGAAUUCAGUGUGGAAUGUGCAGAGGCAAAGCCCCCAAAUGGCCCUCAAUAGGGGGAGAAAUAGUGAUGCUAAUUGUGUUGUUGGAAGAAGCGUUAGGCCUUUGGGUUUGUCUGCAUCUGCAUGGCCUACACUGCAACAUGCCAAGCAGCAACAGCAGCAGAAUCAGCUGUAUGGGUCUAGCAUGAGGGCUGUUUUCCUCAACAAUCCUUCUGGCAGAAGAGAGUGUUCUGGCACUGGGGUGUUCUUGCCCCGUAGAGUUGAUAGUCCUCCUGAACCACGAAAGAAGCCAGCGUGUUCCACCGUGCUGGUUCCAACUAGAGUGGCGCAGGCCCUAAAUCUAAAUCUCGAUGACAUGAUGGGGGGCCAGCCGCAACACUUGCAUCGUUACAAUGCCAGUUCGAACAUGGAAAAUGUUGGAGUUCCCAGACUAAGGAGCAAUUAUGUCCUUUCUCAACAGAAGCGUAACCUCAACAAGGCUCAGCCAGCAAUGAACCAUGAGAUAAGGCUGCCACAGGAGUGGACAUACUGAUAUCGCUUCAUCUUUUUGCUUUGCUAGGGUGGGGAAGGGAAUAGAUUGUUAUUUUUUUAAUGGUUUUUUGGGGAGGGUAUUUUUGGAAAAGGGGUAGGAGUUUGGAGGGGUAGAAAUAGAAAUGCAAGUAGAAUAGGUUUAUAGAAGGAGAAAUAGGUUUUUGUUGUUGGCAAUUGGGAGAAAAAUUAUGUUUUUUUCUUUUGGGUUUUGGGUUUGGUCACAGUGAUAGAGGUUAAAAAUAAUAUUAGGAGCCUCUGGAAAAAGCUUGCUCUGCAGGAGCAGAGCUGAAUUUGCAGUGCUAUCAGUUACUUUUGUUCUUUUUAAUGGGCUUCGAAAGCCACAAGGAAAGACAAAAACGGUGGAUGGGUCAAAUUUUUACUCUUUUUUUAUUAGGGUAAUAAGAAAUGAAGUUUGGGAAGGCAAUGUAGCAAUUUCCGGAAGGGGCUGGAUCGUAUUUGCAGAGGGAUUACAGCUCCUUCCAAUUGUUGAAUCAGAGUGGAAUCAUUUUGGGGAAUACUUGUCAGUAAAAUCUGAUUCGAACCUGUCCACCCUCAUUACUAUAAAUAAUAAUGAAGGAAUUUUC